AUGGUGCCAAAUGAUCUGAUUUUGGCUACCUUUCAACAGUACAAGACUCGGAUCAUGGAGUUUGAGCUUGAUGAGGAUGAGCUCAAUUCUACCCAGAUACACACAGAAGUGCGUCUCGUUGGUGAAUAUAUUGAAGGAGUCAAUAUUUUGGGCCUGAUCAUCGCGGCAGCUGUCAUCGGGAUAUGCCUCAGGAGGAUGGGAGAAAGGUCCAAACCUAUGGUGGAUGUUGUUAUCGCCCUUAACAAGCUCACCAAUAUAUUAGUUCAAAAUAUUAUAGGGUAA